AUGCCAGUACGAGAAAAUCCUAUUGCAGCAUUAUCAGUUGCUAUUCCACAAAUUUUUCAAGAAUGUCAGAAAGCAGUAACCAAUCAUCGAAAAAAUGCAAUAACCUUAAGAAAAUUACAACUGAAAUGUUCUAAAUAUAUACCUUUAAAUCUUGAUGCUACAAGUGAGGAGGAAGAGAUCACAAAUGGGGAGUUGAUGUUUAAUGAAGAAUUUGUACGAAAUCUUAAUAAAGUUCUUCCUAUUAAGAAAGGACUAUUAAACGUUGAACGUGUAAUCAGAUUUAUUGCUUUCUUUGCGGCAUUUAAUUGUGAAAAAGAUAAUGAACUUUUAAAUAAAAGAGAUGAUAGUGAAAGUAAUAAUGAUGAGAAUGAUAUAGAGGAUAUGUUAUCUUCUCGAUUCAUAGAAUAUUUAAUCAAACAUUUACUUAAAGGCACUGAGGCCAAAGAUAAAAAUGUGAGAUUACGCGUUUGUCAACUCUUGGCCCACCUUGUAGCUUCUCUUGGAUCUAUUGACGAUGAAUUGUAUGAACACUUAAAAGAUGAAUUAACUAAACGAUUACUUGAUAAGGAACCAAGAGUGCGAGUUAAAGCAGUUCUAGCGUAUUCAAAAUUGCAAUGUGAUUCUGAAUCUGGAAAAGAAUGUACCAAUCGAAUGCUCAAACUUUUGAAUAAUGAUCCCAGCGCUGAGGUUCGACGUGCUGUAUUAUUCAAUAUUGAAUAUAACGAAGAAACUUUACUACGUGUAUUGGAACGCGCGCGCGAUGUUGAUGCAAAUAUUCGUCGUAGUGUAUACUCUAUAUUAUUUGAAGAAAUUCAGGAUUUUCGCGUGUUUUCAAUUGAAGAACGCGAAAGAUUAUUAAAUUGGGGUCUCAAAGACAGAGAUCCUCAUGUUAAAAAGGCUUGUGAGAAAAUUCUUGCAAUCAGUUGGAUUCAACAUGCAAACAAUAAUAUUUUGGAGUUGCUUGAACGUUUGGAUGUUGUAGGAAGUAAAAUCGCUCACGAAGUUCUUUUAUCAAUAUUUCGCGAGCGUUCAGAUAUAACACAAUCUAUUGAAUUCGAUGAAUCAUUUUGGGAAAAUUUGAAUGCCGAACGCGCACUCCUUUCGCGCGUCUUUUUCGAAUUUCAUAAAGAUAAUGAAAGAAGGCUCGAUGAAAUAAUGCCCGAAGUCACUAGACUCGCUUUUUACAUUCAAAAAUAUAAUAAUUAUAUUUCCCAAGUAUCAGAAGAUGAGCAAGUCAAUUAUGUAUUUAUCGUUAAUCAAUUGCUUUUGAUAGCAAAAUUAAUGGACUACGGUGAUGAAAUUGGUCGAAGAAAAAUGCAUUCGCUAUUACGUGAAAUGCUUGUCUUACCUCACAUUGAAGAAAGUUAUAUAGGGAAUAUCAUGGAAGUAAUGAAGAAAAUAUCUAUUAAUGAACGUGACUUUACACGUUCCAUGAUCGAAAUAAUUUCUGAUAUUCGUGAGGGCAUUGAAGAUGAAGAUGAAUCAAGACCUACAUUACAAGAAGAUCUUGAAGUUAUAGAAGACAUGUCUCAGCUUAGCAUAGAGCCCGAAAGAAACAAUAGAAGACCUGUGAAUGUUGAAGAAAACACAGAGUUAAUUGACAAUGAGCAGAGAGCAGAAGCGAAACUAGUGUCCGUAAUGUUAAAUUUAAAAAGUUUACAUAUAGUUCGUUGCGUGCUGGAAAAAAAUUCAGAGGAAUUACGAGAUAACCCUUCGAUGUAUGGUCUUUUAAGUGAAAUAAUUGUACCUAAUGUACAAAGUCCUGAACCAACUUUGCGAGAAUUUGGUACACAUUGUCUUGGUUUAUGUUGUAUACUUGACCAGCAAUUAGCAGUAGAAAACUUCGAUUUAUUCAUACAUUACGUGAGACACGGAUUUGAUACAUUACAAAUAAAAUCUUUGAUGAUUAUUUUUGAUAUUCUUAUGGUAUAUGGCUACUCAUCAAUAGUUGCAAAAACACGAAAGGAAAAUGAAAUCCCUGAAUUUUUUAAUGAAUGCCUAAAUCAUAGAAGUGAACAAAUUCAAGGAAUUGCAGUUGUUGGAAUAUCAAAAUUGAUGCUUUCGAAAAUGUUACGCGAAAAAGGUGUUUUAAAAGAACUUGUCAUGUUAUAUUUCGAUCCUUAUACUUCAACAAAUCUUCAUUUAAGACAAUGUUUAAGUUAUUUUUUACCCGUAUUCUGUCAUUCAUCAUAUGAGAAUCAAAUUCUCAUGCAAGAGAUAUUUCUUUCAACGCUUAUCGAUUUAGCAUAUAAAUGCAAGAAUUAUGAAAAAAGUAAUGAAACAGUUACACCUUUUCAGAUUGCACAACAAUUAGUUGACUGGACUGAUCCAACUAAAGUGGUUAAACUAGAACAAGCAGAAGAAAUUAUUGACGAUAACAAUGAAUCAUCACAUGUAAACAUUGCGAUUGAAAUUCUCAAACAUAUGUUCUCUGAAGUUGAUAAGGAAAUGAGAAAACUUCUUUGUCAAACUCUCAACAAGCUUCACAUAGACAAGUCAGCAGAUGUAAUACAGUUUAAGAAACUGACAUAUCUUACUGGAAAUCUGAAGGCUAAAAGACCAUUAACAGAUAAUGUGGCAAAAAAUGCAUUAAAUCGAUUCGAGAGCAAUUUACUCCGUUAUUUUGAAGAUGCAUCAGAUGCUUUGGAUGAUAACGAAUUAAAUCAAUUAAAUGAUUUAACAGAAUUUGUAAACAGUUUUGAAGAAAUAGAAAUCGCUCCAACAUCAAGACCAACUAGAUCUACUCGAUUAAGCGAAUAUCCAAAGAGAGCAAAGGGAACUUAG